AUGGCGGCUUCAAGCAACAGCAGCGAAUUUCCUUUUAACGACGAUUUUGAACUGAAACUCGGGAGUAGCUUUCAUUCAAAAGGAGGACCGAAGAUGGCUUUUCACACCAUACGCUGUAAGGUUGAGUUUCUUGCAAUAUUUGUUGUUCACACGUUGUGUCGUUAGAACUGAAGAGAGGGCAGCUGUUUAUUUUGUAAAAUUAAAGCUAAAUAGGGAGAAACAAACGUUUAAUCCCAAAAUGAGAGCAAAGGAUAACGAGGACAUGAAAGAGACAAUGUCUGGAAUAUUUUUUCUUUAUUGAAUUUAAUUUUUUGGAAAGUUAUUCGCUCUGUUGUGCCGAACGAGCAUCUCCGUGGGAGAAAAUAGACGUCGAUCAAUCCGGGUAUCAUUGUUGGGAACGAAAUAGUCUGCGUACCUGGCGCCUUUCUUAAGAGUUAGAGCGGCGUGAAUGCUGAACCAAGGCCCUUAUAUUUGCCUUAUAGGUUUUUGCUGCCCCAAAGGGUAUGGUUUUUGCUCCACUUUGGUCUGAAAAUGGGUGUAGACUUUGCCUAUUUUGGUCUGAAUUCAGGUAUGGUUUUCGAGGGAAAACGGGAGUACAUAAACGAUUAAUUUUGUUUUUUCAAUUCCAAAUGAAUAAGAAACAAUGAGGAUUGAUAUGCAAAUUCGAAAUGAAUUUUAAGAAAUCUUUUUGUUGGCGUUGAAAUAUAACAUGUACAUGUAAGGAUAACAUAAUUUCUGCCUACACCAGGUCUGAAAACAGGUAUGGAUUUUAGAGGCCAAGUCUGAGAACUGGUGUGGAAAAUGAUAAUUUUGUGGUCUGAAAUGGGGUCAAGAUUUGGAGAACUGGGUGGCACACCCGCACCAUGAAUUCCCAGGAAUACCCCCCUGUAGCCUGUAAGCAGUCUCGCUUGUGCGAAUUUCGGGAAAAUUAUUUUGGCAGCAGAGCCAACACCCACUGUGCAAAUUGGGGAAAAUUAUUUUGGCGCCGGAGCCAACAUCCAGCGGGGGAAAGUGAGCCUGCAUGUGGGCUAUUGAUGUUUUAAUUAGGUCCCUUUCAAGGUGUCAAGAUACUAUCCAAUAGGAGCAAAGCAAAAGUAAACAAACUGACAGAAGUUGCACAUGCAGAUGUCAUACUAAUAUGCAUCAGAGGUCAAAUAUGGUGAGAAACAAACACCAAAGAGAUCAAUUUUUUUGAAUCAGACGACUUCACAGACUACUUUUAUUUCGAAAAGGGGAAAAAAUAACGUUUGCUCUGUAAAAAUUAAGCAUACCCCCAUAGCAUUAUCUACCUGCUAGAAACAGGGCGGCUUCUAAACAUGACCUUGUGUGAAACAGACCAACUUCAUGACCUCUCAGUGUGAGACAAGGGACAAAAAUAGGCUACUGAAUUUGCUCAGUCCAAAUUAAGAAUCCUCUAGAGCAUAAUGAUCUAUCCAUUUGAGAGAAAAUUGUAAAUAAAACUAAGCGGUAUUUGAGGCAAAAAUAGUGCAGGCCUACUGACUCUUUUUAUCAUUAAAUUUGAUGUGUGAAUGUUUGUGCGGUGUGUCCAUAGUUUUGUCACAAUUGUGUUGCCUGUCGACACCUGUCCCUUAAAACCAAUCAGAUCGCUGCGUUCAUCAGUAAACGUGGGUAAGCAAAAAUCAAUAGCUUACGUGCAGGCUCACUUUUCCUCGGCCCAUUUUCCUCGCAUGAUGGAAAAUUUCCCCAAACUUGCACAAGUAAGCCUGCUUCUUGGGGGUCUGUGUAGCCUGACCUCUAAACAAGGUGACCCCACAAGGCUAAAUGAAUAAAAUUAUUGUCACUCUAAAAAACCCACUGAAAAAACAUUUUAAACAUUAUAUUUUCAGGACAGGCCGAUGAUUCACUUUUGUAUGCCAGCAAAAGAGUUAUUUAUUAGUAAAUGAUACUAUAUUUACUGUUAUCCUAGAUGAUUUUAAGCCUGCUUCAGUUGACACCUCAAGACCAGCUGAACUUGUUGUUGGUGAAAAAGAUGAGAUCACAGUAACAGUUCCCCAUGUCCAGGUAAAGAUUUUGUUUUUUAUAAACCCAUUUGCAAUGGGAAUGUUUCUGAAAAUUGCCUUUGAUCAAAAGCUAACAUUUGUCUCAAGUGCCAAUUUUUUCACCCAAUUUGGCAUUUUAUUUUAAUUUCAAUUUAGUAAUGCAGUAAGAAUAAACUUUUAUAGUGCUCAAGCACAUAUUUCAGUGGGUAAAAGUAGAUUAAGUCCUGUACCAAUUUGGGGGACCAGAUUUUUUUAUUUCUUGUAGGAUUCUGGAACGACAGUUUAUCGAGGAUCCAAAAGAAGCUGCACCAAGGAAUUUAUCUUGGUUGUUGACAAAGAGAAAAAGGUACAAGUUAGUAUAAUAAUAAUAAUAAUUAUUAUUAUUUUGUAUAAUUUUGUGGUAUGAAAGAUGUAGUGUAGUGUAACAACUUAGGGUGGCUCCCAUUUUAUGACGAAGCUUAAGUCUUUAAGUGUUCGCUAGUCCUUAAGUGCCUACAAGGAAACUGCCCUAGCUACAUGUAUGACCUUCUUAAAUGCAAUGCAGAUUUACACACACGCAGUGGGCGGUACAGUGCCUUAAACCUCGUCUGCCCCAGAUAUAAUCAUAAAUCUGAGGGAGGGAGAACUUUUAGCAUGUCUGCAACCAGAGUGUGUAACUCUCUGCCUAUUAACCUAAAGAAAGGAACAUGUGUAACCUCAUUUAGAAAGGCUAUUUAUUGUCAUUUUUUAACGAGAUACAAUGAUAAUUGUAAUUAUAGUUUGUAGAUAUUCAUUGUAAAGAUAUUUUAUAAUAAUAUUGUAAUAUAGUUUUUACUCUUUUUAGUCCUAUUCAUAUAUGUAUAUAUGUAUAUGUAGAUAUGUAUUUUUUGUUACUUAAUUUUUGUUUUAUAAUUUUAGUUUGAGGACCACUAGUUAUUCAGUUGAAGUUCUGUCCCGUGUUACCCUUGUUAAAUAAAGUUGAUUAUUAUUAUUAUUAUUAUUAUUAUUAUUAUUGUAGGGUAAAAUGUAAUUAGAAUCAUGGAUUUACCUUUUAUUUAUGACUUGAUUUUGGGGUGUUUUUUUAUCAGUAGUUUGUAAAACACAGGUGUUCUUGUAGAGUCUAAAAUAUGCAAUAUUAUUUUUCAAAGUCAGAAGAUUGAUUUCUUAUGGAAAUGUGAUUUGCAAUGUUGCGUGAAAUCACCCCUUUGCAUUAUAUCAGAAGGCUGGGAUAUCACUAUUACAGGGGCUCAGUACGUGUAGAUUCAAUCAAUCAAUCAAUCAACAAAUUUAUUUUGCUAUGCUAGCCACAUGCAACAAAAGCUGAUUUCCAGAUGGGGCAUAGGCAAACACACAUUGCAAAAAAUAGAAGUAAUGUGGUGUUCAUAACAUACAUGUAUGGCUAAAUCAUGGGGCAUUCAAACUUUUAACCCUUUAAACCCUAACAUCAAAAUUCAAAUUCUCAUUUGUUAUCCCUGUACGUUUUCAAUAGAAGUAGUGGGGAGAAUUUGUUGAAGUAUCAAUUAGAUUCAUCUUGUGUGAUCAUGUCCUUAACUCUCAUGACCACUCUGUUUUAUAAAGCAGUGAUAUUACAAGGAGAAAUUUGACACUGAUCACUCUUAGGGCUUAAAGGGUGAAACAUUCUAACUUGGAUGAAGUACAAUAGAUGAGGGCCACAGGCAACCAACACUGUUGGAUUUGCCAGUUUCAGAUGACGAAACUAGUAGUACUGCUGUUGAUAGGAUGCUAGUGUCAAAGCAUUCUCCCUGAGAAAGUAACCAGAAACAUGGCCACAGCAUAGGGUGCAAAGAAAGUCAGUUUUACAGCUUGCCAUUCGGGAAAGCUGUAGCUAGCAGUACUGGCCCAAAUGUCAUUUCAACCACCACAAAAAACAAUUUUUGAUGAACAGGUUUGAUUACAGAUCUUCUGUGAUUUUAAUUUGCGGAGAAACAUCACUUGCCCAUCGGGCAACUUAAGAACAGAACUCACUAGCCUGAUAGCAAAAUCCGCUAGCUGACCUAGGCUAUUGGACACUACUUUGUUUGUACGCUGCAACGUAAACUCUGCUUCAAGAUACAAGGUGCUAAGAGGCUUGCUUGAAGUUUAAGGCUUCAUGGCUUUACUGUAUAGAUUGUUUUCACAAGACAUCACAACGGUUAUAUUGAUGUACCAUAAAAUGAAAAGGUGGCGCCUGUUGGAGUACAGGAAAAAUCAUGUGAGAAGUAAACUCUAUUCUCAUGUAGAAACACUCUUUUGUUCAAAGUAGUCUGCUUAGCUUCAUGUACUAACCACUUGUCAGUAACAACGAUCCAUAGUUUGUGGCAAUGCAUCAAAUCACAAUUGAAGUGCCUUCAGUUAAUAACAUUAUGAUCGUACAAGAAAUAAAAUUUAAUGUCGAAUUAACAAUGGAACUGAUGUUUUCAUUUCUUUCAGACAUUCACACUGGAAAGAAUUGAGUCAGCUGUUCCACAACUCAAGAAAGUAAGGUAUGGUCCUUUUCAGCCUUUUUUGGCACAUUCCCCCUUCCCUGUGUGAAUAAUUAUUCUGUCAUGCAACAUGAGGGGUAGUGUUCCCUUAUCCCCCUUCUCACGCACCCCUCACGCUCUUGGGCACUGCAGUUUCCCCUUCCCCUUCAUCUUUUUAUGCAGGUUACAUGGAUAUUAAGGCAACAGCAGCUUUUCUAUAUAACCCCCACCCCUAAUCAAGCAUUUUUAUAUUUUCACUUUGGCCAUGGCAGGAUAAGCUCAGUCAUUAGAGCACUUGACUGCAAAGUGGUAGGUUGUGGGUUUGAUUCCCGAGGCCUCCCUAAUACUCAAGGUGUUAAUAAAAAUAACUAAGGAAUGAAUGUAUUUCCUUGGUCCUGUAAACAGCUAGACCUUCGUGUGGCUCAGAUGACCAUGUAAAAUGGUAUCCUUUUUCCUGAAGGAGACCUUAAUAUAGUGUUCUCAAUUAGUACUUUUGUGCUAAAUUCAUUGAUUUUCAAAUAAAGUGCAUUCUGGGGAUGGGAGGGGGGGAGCAAAAAAGGUUUAAUAUACAUUGUAACCAAUUCAGCCCCAAUAUCCACAUACAAAUUCUUGAGACAGAUCCCCUUGCACUUCCUUAAAGAAUGAAAAGAAUAUAAGAUCAAGGCAUUUUCCCUUUGAUGUUAGUUUUUUCAAAUCUCAUAACCUUUUCUCUUGAUGAUGACAGUGUCAUUGAUGUUGGUAGGAGAAGGUGAUGUUGCUCACUUUUGGGAAUGGUUAAAGUUGAAGUUGUACAUUGUAUGUUGCUAUUGGUAGACCAUCAACUAAGUCAGCCAAGCCAGUAAAGUUACCUGUAAAGCCUUCAACUGCAACACUUACAAAAUUGCAGAAAACUAAAACAAAGAAAAAACCAGUGGAAAAGAAAUUGUCAAAAAAGGCUUCCCCGGUAAAGAAUCCAAACUUGUCAACAUCUACUCCAAACUCUCAGGUAUUUACAAUAGAUAAUAUUUAUGUGUACAUCAUUGAUAACUAUGAUUUUAAUUUCACUAUUCUAUUCGCUUGAAUUGUCACACAACUAAAUAAUACAUGCAGGCUGAAUUAACAGAACAAAAAGAUGGAGCAAUGUUGAGGGGAGGGGGGGGGCACACACUCCUGUGGUGGGUAUUUUUUUAGGGACUUUGUGGUAUGUGCACAAAAAAACAAAGCCUGAUUUACUUCUCCCCUGGCCUCCCAAACAAAAGUAAAGGAGGACCACCUGAAUGCAGGUUACACUUAUCUCCCUCCAACCCCCUUGCACUAGUGUGGGGUAGGACAAGAGUAUCAGCAAAGCCUUUCGUAUCUCCUUAGCAACAUCGCAUGGGCUGAACUAAACAGUGAAUAGGUAAUGCCAGAUGCUCAGAUAAGGGUAGCCUCCCACGCAGGUGUUUUUAGGGGAGCUCGUAUUUUGUCCUUCCCUACAAAUGCCUGCUCAACCUAGAACAAUAUUCCUCUCCAAAGCUUAGUCAAUCAAAUUGUACCUUCCAAACUCUGGAAAGUUGGCCUUGACCACAGGGUAACCCGAUAUUACUCGAUCUGCAUGAAACACUGGGAAAGCUCUAUGACCUCCAAUAAGGCGGAGUGUUAGACUCAGAGCAGCAAAAGUAAGAUUAUAUCAGAUAAUUAUUUUAGAAUACUCUGUUGCACUGCAUAACCUUAGCGAAUGAAAGAAAAGAAGGAAAAAGGUAACUCUAGGGUCACAUUUUUACACUAUCACACGCUUGUGAGUCGUAUGUAGCCUGUCAACACUUUAUUUCAAAACAACUGUUGAUUGGUCACUUACCACGCGAAUAAAACAAUGGGAAAGGAAUGUUGUUCUCGGUUGAGCAGGUGUUUGUGGGGAGGGGUGAAAUAAGAGCUCCUCUAAAAAUGCCUGCAUGAGAGGCUAAGAUAAGGGGGGAUACAUGUUACAUUGCAGACUUGAGAAAAAGAACAAGGAGUGACCCCAUUUUUCAUUGAUACACUGUACAUAACCUAGCAAGAUUUCUUCAGAGGAGGGAAGGGCAGAUAACAAAAAAUUAAUUUGUUAUUACUUCGGGUUUUCAAUAAGCACUGACAACCAAAAUGAAACACACCAGCUACUCUGAACAGAGGAAUUGGCUCCUUUUUCUUAGAAAGAAGAAGCAACUAGUUUGAUUAAUGUCAUAAACAUAAAAUAAUUAUACUGUAUCAAAAUCUAAAUGGCAAUGUUUUUAUGAUUUGUUUUAUGUUAUGCUUUAGUGACGUGAACGCUAUACUUCAGUCACUUUUUCACAAGUUUCUUACGGUUGGUUACUUUAUUCAAACCUGCUGGCAACUUCAAUUUUUAUCGAAACCCCUGAUCACUCUUCCCUGAUGCAGCACCACAAAAUAACCCAUUAUCAAUUAAAAUUCACUCUGCAUAGGAGACGAGUGCUAAACUAGAUGACACAGCUCCUGCUGCCGAAUUGGAUUCAAGCUCAUCAUCCUCCUGCGAUAGUUCUGAUUCUGAAAAGGAUGAAAAUGAAGAUGAAUUUGACGAGGAUGUGGAGAAACUCAACAGUUUAAUGGGAGAUGUAAGUAUUUCAGUCACUACCAAUGAACAUUGUUAUUUUAAAAUUCAUGCUUAGUUAAACUACUCUUAUGGUACAGCCCCCCCGCACCUCGGCACCCCCGCACCCCCCCCCUUCAAACUCAACCCCGUCAAUUUUUCAGGUGGAGGAUUUUGCCUCUAGACUUGUCUACAAGCAUGGCCCCCUGGCCAAUAGAACCCCACCAUUAACAUUACCUUCAUUACCUUAUUUGUUCCUACGGUUCUGUAUAAUUAUAUUACAUGAAUAUCAAGUGCUCUAGUGUACCUUGAAUUAAAGCUUUAAAACUGAACAAAUAGAUUUGAAAACAGUCAAAACAGUACACCCAAUGUAGCUAAAGGUAAAAACAGGCGUUUAAUAGAAAUCAACUGUGAUUUUCUUCUCUAUGAUACAUGUAUAUUAAAUUGCUACUUUUACAAAAUUAACGUGCCACUACAAAUUACGCAACCCCUUGAAAUUCAACAUUAAUUUUUCAUUUGCUGUUUCUGCUUAGAUUGGUGACGAAGAUAUUUUAACCAAGAAAGAAGGUUUCAACACACUUUGUAAGUAGAAACUACUACCAUUCUAAAAGGAUAUCCAGUAUGUGGUCUAUGUGGGCAAAUACACAAAAAGACAGAAAAGUAAUCGUUCUAUCCAAAUUUAGAUAAAGAUUUUUUCUUGAAACAUGAAGUUCGUGAUGUAAAUCUUACAAUUAUGAGAACGCAAAAAUUUUGCUUCAUCCCAGGUUACUCUCUGUUUUCCCUGUUCCUGUGUUAAUUAAAGGGGAAAGAAGUAGACACACCCCCAAGAAAUGUCUGCAAUAAUGAAAACAUGGCUGAAAUGUUCCUGUUUUCUCAAAUACAUUGGGUUUGUAUACUUUGCCAGUGAAAUGUAACUAUUUAAGGUUGUCUUUGGCCACGGAUUAAGAGAGCUAAAAUGAUUGCAACUUGAAAGAAUAUUGAUAGGUUCCAUCAACUGACGUGAUUCGUCCGUCUCACUUUGAUUCUAAAGAUGACUACCGGGCACAGGUCGGGGAAACGUCAGUCACUGUAAGCAACGGUCCCAAUGUUUGGACUACAGCUGUACAUGCACCCUCACCUACUGGACGAUCUUUAUUAUUCCACCUACUUAGAAAAUUAAGCUAACAUCUUGUGUCGGACAAAUCGCUUAGAGUAACACUAUCUCUAUGAAAAGAAUUUCUCUGUCGAUGCUAAAUUUGCCCUCUGCUCUAUCAUCUACCCAUCUGUGAGUACAGUAACCGAAGUAGGUCUAAACAAUAAUCUGGAUAUCAGAUGAAACAUUUCUUCUCGUGAGGGAUUUUAAAAGCAGGCUACGUUAUAAACCUUGCCUAUCAGCAACAUGGAGUGUAUUUACAAAAUAACCUCAACGUUCAUUUAUCAAGAGCUUAAGGUUUAACCAUUCAUGAGCAUGUAUGUAUUUUCUUAACGUAGCAGUAUUUCUCGUAUCGUAUAACAAACCCUUCCGUUUAUUCGUGCUUAAUAAAUCAGGGCUCAAAACGGACAAUUAUUUUGCGGCGACCUGACCUGCCAAAAACGUCACUAGACGGUUCCUAAUGAUGACCGGCCACGCAUGAACUCUUUCUUGAGAAAACAGCCAAAUCCUUAACCUGUAAAUCUUAGAUUUUGUCCCUUUCUACUGAGAAACAUAAGCACGUUCAGAAAUAGAAAAUUUCAGAAGGAUAAGUUAACUUUUUUGCCAUAUUUUACCGAUAAUAAAUGAGACUUGACCGAGCAAAAAGAUUCUUUGGCCGGUCGUCGUGUCCGGCAAUCAUCCAAAAAUAAUAUUGAGCCGUGUAAAUACAUUUACAUGUUGCAUUUCAUUUCGUUGAAAAUCUUUAAUGCGACCCAGGCAUCCAGAGCAGCGUAUUCAAUCUGUCGAUCCUGAAGGGGGAACAUUUCCCAGUCGCUGAAUGCUGCCGUCUUGUCAAGCUUAAUUCCAAGAAAGCGAUCAGCGAGUGCUUGCAGGCCCGUCUUAAGCAUCGAUGGAUGAUUUGCCUUUGCAAUCAUUUGGAUGUCUGCCAAUCCUUUAAGAACCAAACCUCGAUCUCUUUCGAGUUUGAAACCAUCGUUUUCUAUACCGCUUCCAACUUUUGUAAUUUUUGUGUCUUUUAGAAUUCGCUUGAGCAAUUUCGGCAACUUGAUCAUGUGAUAUAUAUGUAGAACCAAACAAGAUUUCUCGGUUCCCAGUUGUAGGACGGCUGUCGGGUUUUCGGUUCCCCCGUUCUUCUUGCUAACAAUUUGAGGUUUCCACUCAAUAUCAAAGCCAAUGGCACUGACAGAACAAUCUUUAAUACGCUCUUUUAGCCAGUUCUUAACUUCCAGUUUAUCCGAUGUGUAAACGACCUCUACUCCUAGAGCUAUAGAGGGAUAACACAGCUCAUAUUUUUUCACUAUUAGCGCCAUGUUAGAUUCUUGGCAAGUGUCUUGCAAGUUGAACUGAAGGUCCGAACGAAAUCCUCUGUUUUCUGGUUUGUUCUUUCUUCUUUCAGUCUCUGUAUCUGGGCUUUCGCUUGAGAUAGUGCGAUCAGAUCCCCAUCUGGCAAGCAUUUGUACUGAUGACAUCGUCGACUUUCCAUAGUCAAAAUCCCCCUUCCUGCCUUCUUUGUCGUGACGGCGAGAAACACUCUGCUUGACCCAAUUUGAUGCAGAAGCCUCCUCUUCCUCAACAACGCUGGAAUCGUUACUGUCACUUCCGAAUGGCUCACUGCGGCUGAGACGAUUUUUCUUUUGCUUUGAAAAUUUAGUCAGUGCCGACCGACUUUUUGAUCCAGAAUCUUCGUCGUACAGCCGACGGUUGUGGAAACGAUUGUCUUGAAGUCGUUUUAAUUUGCGCCCAUCCUCUAAGGACCUUGAACCACCAACAGAAUGUCGGUUGUCCAUCUUUGCUCGAUUUUUAGACCUAUUCUUAGAGCGAUGCAGUAACCCGCUUAAAAUCUGGCUUAAUAGAGGCAUUACAGAUGUAUUCUGCAACCUUGCAUUAAGGCUUUCUUUUUCGGGAAUGAAAAGUCUGAGUAGUUUUGACACGAAUUGGAAGGUACACCCUUUGAAGAACGUCACGUGAUAGCUUACACAGGCUUUUCACGAAGUAGCCCUUGUAGUGACUGUCCUAUGGGCGGAGAUAUUCGUAAAGGUAAAAAGCGAAAUUGCCCACAACUAGAACUGUUGCUUGGAGGAAAUGAUACCCAUAAACGUAGAAUCAACUGAAUUGGGAGCCUCUUAAUUUUUUUUUUAAAAAAAGAGAGUUUUUAAAAUUGUUUCGAAAAUUGGUUUAUGUAAAUUUAAAAAUUUAUGCAAAUUAUGCAAAUUGAGGUGAAACAGAGAGAUGCGUGAGUUAAUAAUCACUUAAUAUUUCUUUACCUUCACCGUACGUGAGCCAAAAAGGGAGUUUUGAGGGCAAACACCUUGUUAUGUAAAUUCAUUUUCGGGGAAAAGAAGCUGCCUAAGCUGAUUCAGAUAUUAUUUCCGGAUUUUAAUGAUAAAAAGCGAGUUGCUCGAGCUGGUGAAUAAAUUAUGUUUAUACAAAAGAAACGAAAGAUUCGCGUGCUGAUUAAUCACUUAUGAUAAAUUAAUUUGAGGAAAGGAAACAAGGAGGCCUGCUUGCAAUCUAAAUAAAUUUAAAAGCAGAUCAGGAGGUUUAUACAUAAUUUACUGGAUAGUUCAUCUCCAUUUACAAAAAAACAACAUGCUUCAUUCACUUUCAAACAAAUCAAUACUUGUCGCCUUAUUUAAGGUAAAAAAAAGAUUCUUUGCACUUUUUUUAUACAGGUGAAGACCUCCAGCUAAGCGAAUCUGGAAGCGAUAGUGACUGA